CCCUAUAAUUCCACCAUCCUUAUCACUCCCGACAGCGACGACCUGAUCGACCACUUUACUCGACCAAUAUUUGGCUCCGGCCGCACAAUAAUUACUAUACGAUGCCAGGCUAUAGUGCUAACGCGCAGGCUGCGCUCAUAAAAGCCAUCAAACGAGUCUUCGAGCCGAAACGCAUGGUAGAAUCAGUCGAGGAUCUCAUUGACGGUGUGACUCUUGGUCUAAUUCUACAUCAACUGGAUCCUAGCUUUGACACGUCCGCCCUCGAGACAAAUUCCAAUACAUCUCGGUACCUGACGAACAAGCGCAACAUUCAGAGCAUAUACAAGGGUCUCUUCCGCUACAUUCGACGGGCAGUUCCUGAGCUCGCUUGUCAGGCUAAGAAGUUCGACUACCAUGCAAUCGCCGAGAAUCCCGAUGCUCAAGGCGUCAGUCAGCUCUUGGCUGUUAUGUUGGGAGUGGCCGCACUAGGUCCCGAAGCCCAGCACUAUAUUCCCCGGAUAACAGGUCUCGACAAACAUACUCAAGCAGAGAUUAUGCAAAUAAUCCAGACGAUACAACAGGAUAUCAACAACUCACAAGGCGACGACGACGUGGAUGAAGCUAUCGACGCUGUUAUGGAGGCGAGAGACAUUGACCUACUCGUUGAAGAGCAAAAUGCAGCCUUGCGGUCACAACUUGACUUAACAAAGAGACAGCUGUCAGAUUACAUCACCAGGCUUGAUCAUUUACAAACAAGUCACGAGGAGCUCCGGUUUGAUAAAGAGAAGAAUGACCGGGAGCUGGAGGUCUUGCGGAAGGCCACUAUAGAUGGUGCUAACAAUGCCGAGAUGAUCAAGAACCUAGAGAUUCAGGUGCAUGACCAGAUGGAACUCAUUGCUAGACAUGAGGAAACAAUACGAAGAGACGAGCGCUUCAAGUCGCAACUUGAAGCUGAAGUGCUCAAAUUGACAGAAAAAUGUAAAGAGGCAGAAGAGCUUCGCGACCAAGCAACGGAAUGGAAGCACAAAGCUGAGGAUCUCGAGAAGAAAGCCAACACUGCAGAGCGGUAUAAGCAGAAACUCGAGUCCCAGCAGCAUCUCGUCAAGGAGGUGCAAAACCUACAGUAUGAGAAGACAGAGUUGCAAGACCAGAUUAAAAUCCUGCUGGAAGACCAAGAUAGGGGGGCUCGUACAAGGAAAGCAGAGGAUGAGUUGACCAAGAUGAUUACUCAGUCCGAGCAACAUCUUUGGGACGAACGCAGCCAAAAGAACCAACUGAUGAAGGAUAUUGCAGCACUGGAGGACGAGGUGGUUCGUUUGAGGGCGCGACAAAGCCACGACGAAAACUUCAUCAAGGAUCUCCAGGAGCAACUAGAGAGCGGAGGAGCCGCACAAAGCGUUGAACCCGGCGCAUUGGGCCUGGCAGGAAAUCUCGAGGAUGAACUUAACGAUGCAGCUACCGAGGACGGCCAACCUAGCCAAGUUAACCUACCCCUAGAACUAUCUCGCCUGAAGGCUGAGAACGAUUUGUUGCGCAGCACAGUCGGCUCUGGAGAUACUGCGCCGCUACGCCGGGAACUGGACGAAGAGAAGCGACAACGUGCUCACCUUCAAAAGAACUAUAACGACAUGUUCGAAAAGCAUGCUGUUUUGCAUGAUCAAAUGGAGGCUCUGAUCAACAAUAUGACCGGCGAAGGGACCAAGGCCUUUCUCAAUAUUAAACAGUCAUUGUUGCAGUGCGAAUUCGAACUCGAACAGUCGAAGAAGAGGGAGAAGGACCUCUCCGUUCAGGUGGCAGAUCAAGGCCGCGAACUUCUUGCUGCUAAGGCUCAGCUCUCAGCUCUUGACAAAGAAGGGGCAGAUGCUCUUAAGGAGCUCAAGAGCGCUGAUGUUACCAUCAUCUCAUCUCUCAAGUCUGAGCUCGACUACACAAGAGAGCAGCUCAGCUAUACCAUUGCUGAGCGAGAUGCGCAGCAAACCCAGCUCGUCGAUGCUCUCCUUACCAAGGAUAAGUUGCGUAAGGAGGUUGAAGAGGGCCGGGAGCUGCAAGACAUCAAUGGCACAGGCGAUGCACCACCUGACCCCAGCAAGAAGGGCGAGUUGAUUGAGAAGCUGCGUGCUCGCCUCAGAGAAAUCCGCGAGCAACUUGAACGAUCAGAGACGGACAGAAUCGACCUGCAACGUAAACUCAAGGCUGCACACGAUGGGGAGGCCGUGGCAGCACAAAAGGCCGCAAGCGAUCAAAUCAUCCGGAACCUUGAAAGAGAGAACGCUCUCAUUGCAUCAGCAUGGUAUGAUCUUUCGAGCCGGCUUCAGAGCAACCAUGUCGUUUUGCAAAGGCGGCACGAAGCUCCGCGGAGCUGGCUUAACAAGCAGAGGCAGAUGGUCAAUGCGACCCCGAAGCGAUAGGUACUCGCGGGGUGAGAAAUCCCUUGCUAUUUUAUGAUAAGACUCAACGAAUUACGCUCUCAAGUUGUGUGACAUAACUCCUACUACCUACCAAACACCAGUCUUUCCCUCGACGUAUUCACUCCCACCCAUACUGGCUUAUCUUAUCCGGCCUUCAAGAUUGCCCCUUAUUCUUUCUUGAUCCGACAUUCUCAUAAUUGCCGACACCGCCUUGGAUAUUCAGGGCGUCGUAUUUUCCUCUUUCUUUUUUUUGAAGCAUUGCGAGGGAGCUUGGUGUGUUUCUUAAAAACGGGCGUAUUUGCUUGGUAGACUGGUGGCUACGAAGAGAAUUUCUGCAUUCAAACAGAAUGCUUUCAAUGAUAUCAUUAGUAUAGAUGUUAUGCCCAGGAGUCCUAUACAGGGCUCCAUAUUGGUUCAAUAGAGACUCAGGCCAAAGAUUGCAGAGUCAUAGUUUAAUCAGUACUGAAGCUAAAGUUGUAA